AUGUUUAUGUCAUAUAGAAAGGACACCGCGAAGAGGAAUGCUCUUCUAACAUUUGCCUACUGUAGCUUCUCUUUCUUUUUCUUCAUGUACAUAUGGAGCAACGUGUUUUAUGCUUUUCGAGGGAUUACUUUAGGAAAACUGACUUGGAUUCUAGUCUGUAUUUCAGUGUAUAUUUAUUCCCAAAAGCUUGCAUACUCGAUGGAAACGGCUGACUCUCGCGAGAUCCACAAGAAUUUCAACAUUUUAAUCCUUUCAGAAGUAGCAAACGAAAUAAGCCGAAAUCUCUCAGGCUAUCUUCACGUUCCGGGACCCUUAUUGAAGGAUGUCGGCUUUCUUGCCUUUGCUGAACUGAACAACAAAUUGUUAGAGCGAUUUGGGGAUAUCUUGACACUUAUUCCUUUCGUGAUUCUUUUUAUCAUCGCGUUCACAAUGGAUUCAAAACGAAUCGGCAAAUUCAUCGCAGAUCUACUCCGCAUUUUCUCCAUGUUCUAUAUCGUGCGCUCUUGCUGUAUCUGGGUUACUCUCCUCCCAGGUCCUGCUCCCCACUGUCGUCCAGGAGGUUCGUUCCGUCCUCCUCAGGAUUGGAUUGAUGUCAUCGGCCACAUGCCCGUGGACGGCAUUUCCUUUACGACGUGCGGGGAUUUGGUUCCCUCGGGGCAUAUCGGGUUUGUUACUAUCGCACUGGUGGCAAUUCUGAGAGAGCUGCCUCGACGGUUCUUGUCAUAUCGGAAGAACUUUGUUCUGGGAUGCUUCCUCUACGAGUUGAUAACCGGGUAUUUCAUCAUUGCCACCAGGAAGCAUUACACGGUGGAUGUGGUUGUGGGCUUUUUCUUAUCCUUUUUCAUAACGAUCAUCUUCAAAGAUGGGUGGAAGCCCGCCUUGUUCGGAAAUGAAGAUUCCUAUAUUCCUUUACCCGUGGAUAGUCAGGUUUGA